CCCCCUGCCUUCCCGUUCCCCAGAUUUAGCCCUACUUUUGGGCGCCGAGUGUCUUUCCUUUCCAGAUGGAACUGGUCUGACUCCCAGCAGGUCCCAGCAGCAUCCCAAGCCUCAUCUCCAGUAACACGGCCCGGGCUCAUCAUGGCAGCAGGAGUAGCAGCGUGGUUGCCCUUCGCCAGGGCGGCUGCCAUAGGAUGGAUGCCAGUGGCCAACUGUCCCAUGCCACUGGCUCCAACGGAGAAAAACAAGAGGCAGGAUGAGCUGAUCAUCCUCAACGUGAGUGGCAGGCGUUUCCAGACCUGGAGGACUACACUGGAGAGGUACCCGGACACUCUCCUGGGCAGCACGGAGAAGGAGUUCUUCUUCAACGAAGACACCAAGGAGUACUUCUUUGACCGGGACCCCGAGGUCUUCAGGUGCAUCCUCAAUUUUUAUAGAACUGGCAAGCUGCACUACCCCAGGUACGAGUGCAUCUCUGCCUACGACGAAGAGCUCGCCUUCUACGGGAUCCUCCCCGAGAUCAUCGGGGACUGCUGCUACGAAGAGUACAAGGACAGGAAGCGGGAGAACGCGGAGCGGCUGAUGGAUGACAACGACUCGGAGAACAACCAGGAGGGCUCCAUGCCCUCGCUGAGCUUCCGGCAGACCAUGUGGCGAGCCUUCGAGAACCCCCACACCAGCACCUUAGCCUUAGUCUUUUACUACGUCACCGGGUUCUUCAUCGCCGUCUCUGUGAUCACCAACGUGGUGGAAACCGUGCCCUGCGGCACCGUGCCGGGGAACAAGGAGCUGCCCUGCGGGGAGCGCUACGCCGUGGCUUUCUUUUGCCUCGACACGGCGUGCGUGAUGAUCUUCACCGUCGAGUACCUGCUGAGGCUCUUCGCGGCGCCGAGCCGCUACCGCUUCAUCCGCAGCGUGAUGAGCAUCAUCGACGUGGUGGCCAUCAUGCCCUACUACAUCGGCCUGGUGAUGACCAACAACGAGGACGUCAGCGGAGCCUUUGUCACGCUAAGGGUUUUUAGGGUUUUCAGGAUUUUCAAGUUCUCCCGCCAUUCCCAAGGCCUGAGAAUCUUGGGCUACACUUUGAAGAGCUGUGCCUCCGAGCUUGGCUUUCUCCUCUUUUCCCUCACUAUGGCAAUCAUCAUCUUUGCAACUGUGAUGUUUUAUGCGGAGAAAGGGUCCUCGGCAAGCAAAUUCACCAGUAUUCCUGCUUCCUUUUGGUACACUAUUGUAACCAUGACAACACUGGGCUACGGUGACAUGGUGCCCAAGACCAUCGCGGGGAAGAUCUUUGGCUCCAUCUGCUCGCUCAGCGGGGUGCUGGUCAUCGCCCUGCCCGUGCCCGUCAUCGUCUCCAACUUCAGCCGCAUCUACCACCAGAACCAGCGCGCCGACAAGCGCCGGGCGCAGAAGAAGGCGCGCCUGGCGCGGAUCCGCGUGGCCAAGACGGGCAGCUCCAACGCCUACCUGCACAGCAAGCGCAACGGGCUGCUCAACGAGGCCCUGGAGCUCCCGGGAUCCACCGAAGAGGAGCAGCACAUGACUAAAGGCACCUCCUUAAUCGAAAGCCAACACCACCAUCUGCUGCACUGCCUGGAAAAAACAACCGGAUUGUCCUAUCUUGUGGAUGAUCCCCUGUUAUCUGUACGAACUUCCACCAUCAAGAACCACGAGUUCAUCGACGAGCAGCUCUUCGAGCAGAACUGCAUGGAGAGCUCCAUGCAGAACUACCCCUCGUCCCGGAGCCCCUCGCUGUCCAGCCACCACGGGCUGAGCACGUCCUGCUGCUCGCGGCGCCACAAGAAGACCACGCACCUGCCCAACUCCAGCGUGCCGGCCACGCGCCUGCGGAGCAUGCAGGAGCUCAGCACCAUCCACAUCCAGUGCAGCGAGCAGCCCUCCCUCACCACCAGUCGUUCCAGCCUCAACAUGAAAUCGGAUGAUGGGCUGAGACCGAACUGCAAAGCCGCCCAGAUCACCACAGCCAUCAUCAGCAUCCCCACGCCGCCGGCGCUGACGCCCGAGGGCGAGAGCAGACCCGGCCCGGGCAGCCCCGGCCAGGGCACGAACGUUCCCAGCGCGGCCACCGCCAACAUCGUCAAGGUCUCCGCCUUGUGAGCCGAGCCCGGCCGGGAGCGGCGGGGGCCCCGCGGUGCCUCCCUGCCCGGCGUGUGCCACCGGGCGGGCACAGGGCAGCGCCCCGGGCAGGGCCGGGCUGCCGCGGCACCGCGGGCAGGAGGGGAAGGGAAGGGAAGGAAGGGAAGGGAAGGGAAGGGCUGCAGGAGGAGAGCGCCGCGCCGAGAGCGAGCCGUGCCCCGGCACCUGCACGGGCGGAGGGAGGAAGCGGCGGCGAGCAGAGGCACGGACAAACGGGAACAUAACACUGUGUAUCGCAGCACCUUUUUAAAGGUUUUUAAUGGAUAAUAUUUAUUCAUGAGGAAAUGACUGAAAAGGUGAAAAACAAUAGAUUUUGUGAUUUUUUUUUUUUUCUUCAUGGAGCAGAACCUUUAAACCAACCAAAAUUUCACCUUUUUUUUUUUUUUUUUUUUUUUUUUUUCUUUUAUAGGGAAAGAUUUAGACAAAAGAAGCCACCUGUCACGGCAGUCCCCUCAUCGCUGUGUGUGUGAGUGUGAGUGUGCAGAGCCACCCGAGGGCACGGCCCUGCCAGGGUGGUGGCCAGCAGGAGCCCAGGUGUGCCAGCCCCCCGGGCACACCCACACCCACACACACACCUCCCUCCCUGGAUGCCAUCCCCAAUUUAGACUAUUUUGUACCCGCCUUUCAGGUCAAUACAGUGCAAUUGCAAACAG